AUGGGGUUGGAAACAUUCUCAUACUUGCAGAGUUUUAUCUGUUCUAGGUUGGUGUUUCGAGGAGGGGAACACGCUCUGUACAUCUACAUUUACGAGAACUUCCAUUUGGUUGAUCUGAGGUGGGAAUCUCCAGUAACGUGGUACAUAGCUGCUAUAGGGGUUGACUUCUGCUACUACUGGGUACAUCGCGCCAGCCACGAGGUGCACAUCCUAUGGGCUCAGCAUCAAGUACACCAUAGCUCUGAAGACUACAACUUAGCUGUGGGUCUUAGGCAGUCUAUACUGCAAGGAUGGUGUGGCUUUAUAUUCUACUUACCAAUGGCGUUGUUCGUCCCACCUGCUCAGUUCCUAACACAUCAGCAGUUCAACCUUCUAUAUCAGUUUUGGAUCCACACAGAAACCGUCAAGUCUCUUGGGCCCCUAGAAUGGCUGCUUAACACACCCAAACAUCACAGAGUACACCAUGGUAGUGUUUUGUAUUGUCUGGACAAGAACUACGGAGGCUUCCUUAUAGUCUGGGAUCGACUUUUUGGAACAUUCCAGGAGGAAAGGGAAAAACAGGAAAUUGUUUACGGGCUUGUCAAACAUGAACCUACGUUCAAUCCUUUUUACUUACAGAUUUUCUACAACAAGAACGUGUGGGAGAAGAUGCGUCGCAUGGUGGGGUGGCAAGACAAGCUGUCAGCAAUGAUCAAAGGCCCCAGUUGGCUUCCGGGCAAACCUUGGACAGGGGCCGACGAAGACAAAAUUGAUGUAAAGUGGAGGCCUAAGUAUGAUAUCAAACUGCCUCACUGGCUGAACAUCUACGUUGUCUUACAUUUCGCCGUUGUAACUGUAGGCUUCCAAGAGCUGGCCCUCAGAUAUGUGAGCAUGAGUCCUGUGACAGUGUUGCUGUUCGUGUGUCACAUCCUGGGAGCUUUGACGAUCCUGGGAAUGCUUCUGGACGCCAAUCUCAAAGCUCCCUUCUACGAGGUUGUUCGCUGCAUCCUACUGAGUAUCCUUGUACACUACUGUGCCUCCGCCCUACGAGAUCCCAUCAUCUCACCCAGCAUCCUCAUCAACCUCUACCUCACCUCCGCUGCUUUCUGGACCCUCCGACGUCUCCUAGGACUGAACAACGUCCCUCAUCAAAAGACAGGUUAGCCACAACGACUCCAAAGUGAUCUUCACACUUGGGUCCUUCGACGGUUGAUAUUAUAUAUUUAUUUAUUUUUUUAGUAGAAUGGUAUGCAGUUUGAGAGUUUUUACAGAUAUGCAAAUGUACGUGUGUAUGUAUGUUAGUCUUAAUGAUAUAGUAGAUUUCUCAUGGCUGAGUACAAUUACUAAUCGUAUUUACAUUACAUGGUUCGGCAUUAUUUGAGUAUAGCGAGAUAACGGUUGUAAAUUAAAUCUGUCAAAAAAUCCAUAUUUUAAAAUGGGUAAGUUAAUUUGAUUAAAUUUCAAUGAGUCGAUCUAGACUUGGAAUCUCAUAUAAUUAUAGGAAAAUGUUUAUAGGCCGCUUUCAUUAUAAUUUAAGAAAUCCAAAUAACUUUAGUCAAGCCGAAUUAUAAGACCGCGUGUAAGAAUGAGUGUCUUUAGUCUGUGGUAUAUGACAAGAGACCUGGCCUUCAGUGCAUCACCAUGUUUUAAUGGCAUGUGCACUACUUUUUAAAACAUUUUUUUUUAGUUUUUUUUACUUUUUAUCCAUAAAUAGUAUAUCAAUUGUGUUUAUACAUUCCUCGAGCGAUACAGCCUUUUUUAAUCUAUAACCAUGACUAAAUUAUGUGAUCAAAGUACAAACUUAUAAAUAUAUCCCUAUACUUUCAUUCUGGCAUUUAAUGGCUCAAACUAGUUAAAAACAUAGACAGCUUGUUUUGCAACUAAGCAAAAAAUUAUUCAAGACUUUUUGAAAAACUCAUUCAAUUUCAUGCCUCUCUGGAUUUCCGUCAUAUUAUCAAAACUUAUAAUUUCACCAGUUAUAGAAUAUAUUUGCUCGAAUAUGUUUUUGUCUGCUGUUGAAUAUUGCACUAAACUUAUAUUUUCUGUUUGACCCAUAUAAAAAAAAUAAUUUAAUAAUACAAUAUUACUUUUUAAUAGAGUAAAUUUUAGCAAAUUAAAACUAUUUGUUUCAUCAUUCUCUAUCAAACUAUUUUUGUAACUGUUUACUUUCCAGAUAAUCUGAAAGUAUACACUCAUAUGGAAAGAAAACCAUUAGGCCCUAUAUUAUAAAAAAAACACAAUUUUGUUUAGUAAUCCUAAUCCAAUGUUCUAAGUCUUUGUGCCAGUAUGCCAUUGAAGUGCUACUAAAUUAUGAGUUUACAGUAAGUGUCUUUAAAAAAAUGUAUGAUGUAAGAGGAUAUGAAAUGUGAAUUACUCGUCAAUCAUAUCAUUUCAAUUGUAAAGUUGUUCUCAAUAGUGCCAUGGAUUUACGAAUUUACUAAUAUUUAGUAUCUGUAUAAUUUAAGUGCGUUAUAUGAUUUUCAAUCAUUUCAACAGGGUAUAGUGUUUAUACUUUAUAUAGGCUAAUUAGUUAUAUUAGUUAAUUUAUAAAACGUGAGUGCGGUUUUAACAUUUUUUUUAUGAUUAGUCACUAAUAUAAAAGUUGAAAACUGCUUUACUUAUGUUACUUAUUUAUAUUGUUUCAAUACUUUACUUAAAAGUUGUAU